UUGAGAACACUUUUCGCUUUAUUUUAGCGGUUUUUUGUGAGCGAUUAGACCCGGAAAUACGUCACAAAUUUAAGAAAGCUCUCAUGAUUCCCGGGCCAUUAGUAACUGGUACUCCUCGCAAUGUUUAUUCGCACGCGAGAAUAUUAUUUUUUAAGGUCGUUUUUACCAAAAAUAUAUCGAUUAUAUUUGCUCAAAAGCCUUGGUGAUCUAAGCCAUUCCUUCAAGUGAAAGAUUUUCCGGGUCUACAAAUCCUGAAACAGCUUCAAGCCUCACAUUCUAAUGCACUCCAAAACAUUGGUUGUUUUUCAGAGCUUCUUCUAAGUCCAUAACUCACACAUAUACGCUCUAAGAUCCGUUAAAAUUGAGCAUAACAGGUUUUAGGAUGGAUAUCAGUCGUUCUGGAGAAGCAAACACAAGUGAUGGCUCAGAUAUUUUUGUGUCUCCAUCAAUGCCACAAGUAGAAGUUCAAAAUCCUCCUAAACUUAGUGGAAAAGCUUGGGGAAGGAUCAGAAAGUUCGUUCUCUGCAAAACACGUUUUCCAAGAAGUAUAUAUUUUAUAGUUGGCAAUGAAUUUUGCGAACGCUUUUCUUACUAUGGGAUGAAAGCGAUCUUGUUCAUGUAUCUUACGAGGGUACUGAAAUUUUCCAAUAAUACUGGAACGGCUGUGUUUCAUACGUUUUCGAUGUUAUGUUAUUUUACCCCAUUGUUUGGAGCCAUGUUGGCUGACGGAUGGAUUGGAAAGUACAGAACCAUCCUGUAUGUUUCCCUCAUUUACGCGCUGGGUAACCUAGUGGUUUCUAUGACAGCACUCCCCCCACUCGGAAUGGGCGAAGCAGCAGGGCCUAUGAUUGGUCUACUCCUUAUUGCCAUAGGAACUGGUGGAAUAAAGCCAUGUGUUUCAGCAUUUGGAGGCGAUCAGUUCCCCUCGGAUCAAGAACAUCUGUUGCAGAGCUUUUUCUCUGUGUUCUACUUUGCAAUCAAUGCUGGGAGUCUGUCAUCUAUGCUUUUGACUCCUGUUUUAAGAGGAGAUGUUCAGUGUUUCAGAGAUGAUUGCUAUUCUUUAGCGUUUGGCAUUCCAGCUUUACUCAUGUUACUUGCUAUCGCACUAUUCUGGGCUGGUCGUCAUGGAUACAAGAGAAGACCUCCUAGUGGUAACAUAGUGUGGCUGGUUGUCAAGGCAACAUGCUAUGCUUUGAAAAAGAAAAUCUCUAUUAAGGGAGUAAACACCAAGCCACACUGGAUGGACUUGGCAGAUGAUAAAUAUGAUAUCCAACUGAUUGACGAUAUCAAAGCAAUGUACCGUGUUUUGUUCAUGUUUCUCCCUCUGCCAGUCUUUUGGACAUUGUUUGACCAACAGGGGUCCCGUUGGGUUCAACAAGCCCUACAAAUGGAUGGAGACAUAGGGGUUCUUGGAACGAUCAAGCCAGAUCAGAUGCAAGCCCUCAACGCCGUCUUCAUUAUUUUACUGAUCCCAGUCUUUGAGGGUAUUAUUUAUCCAUUAGUAAAAAAACCACGUCCGCUUAAGCGAAUGGCCAUCGGAAUGAUGCUAGGAGCUCUAGCUUUUGUUAUCGCUGGUCUUGUACAGCUAAAAAUCCAAGCUUCUGAAAUGGUCAUCACACCUCCCCCCUCGGGAUUCGCUGAUGUUUACUUGGUUAACACUGCAAGCUGCAAUGUUCUUGCCUCGAUCCAAAAUCGUAGCAUAGGCGUAAAACCUUUGGGAAAAUCAACCAAGCUCCGUCUAAACUUGAAGAAAAAUAUUACUCUUGGGGUCAAAAUGACUUGCAAUAAAGGUCUUCAAAGAAACUUUACAUUCAAAGUCAACGAAGGGCGAUUUUAUGAUAUCUUAUUCGGUUACCAUGACAACGAACUAAUUGGCCACCUAGUGGAACAAGACUUCACAUCACCACCACCCCCUGGGGAAUCUGAAAUUUGUGCAGUUUCGAUAGCUUCCGGCGAUACUUUCUACUCUCUGCAACUCGAUGGUCAAACGAGGAUGUCAAAUAUAACUGCGAUGGGUAACCUUAAAUGUACCACAGUCCCUGCUAAGAAAUACAAGCUUAGCAUAAAGAACCAGGAUUCGAAAAUAGCUAGUAAUAAUGAAGUUAUUUUACAAAAUGGUGGAACUAAAGUUGCGGUUUUGAAAGAUUCUGGUGGAAAUGGGACGCGAGAUGUUUUUAUUUAUGAAGAAUUUGAUCCGCAAAGUAUCUCGAUGUUGUGGCAAAUACCUCAGUACUUCGUCAUCACUAGUGGAGAAAUAAUGUUUUCUAUAACAGGCCUCGAAUUUGCUUAUUCUCAAGCACCGGCGUCCAUGAAGUCUUGCCUCCAGGCUGCCUGGUUGAUUACAGUUGCCAUUGGCAACCUGAUCGUCGUCAUGGAAGCGGAAUCCCGCAUCAUUGACACCCUUUCAACCGAGUUUUUCUUUUUCGCCGCCAUGUUGGGUGUGGUCAUGGUCGCGUUUUCGGUCAUGUCUUUGUUUUAUAAAUACGUUGAAAAGACAGAAGAUGAAACCGUUGGCGAUGACACUGAAGGAAUUAUAGACAUGGAUGAACUGAAGACGACUUAAUAGAAGGAUGGUAGCUAGGAAGGAAGUGUAUUUGAUCUGAAGAUCAAACGAUUGAUGAAGAGGAUUUGAUCUCUUCAAUUUUAGUGUUGAGUCUUUUACGUCCGCCUUAUAGACCAAAUUCAAAACUCGCACCGAUGUGAGGCUUACGUUGUGAACAAAGGGAUCUUGCGUGACUCAAAGUAAUCUGGCGUGAUUCAAAAGUCACGAAUCACGCCAGAUUCCUUUGUUCACAACUUAAGCCUCACAUCGGUGCGAGUUUUGAAUUUGGUCUAUACAGGGUUAUUUAGUGAAGACAGACGGGGCCUACGGUUUGAAGUCCUUGUCCAAGAAGACUUGAAAGUCUAACCAUUUGUAGAUGUAGUAUUAAAGGCAGCACCUUCUCAGUUUUUAAGACCCUGGGUGUUGGUCAGGCUGUGUCUUGAACCGAUACCAACGAUUGGACAGCUGUUCUGUUACUGCUGGUGAUGUGCACGAUGAUAACUUUCUCACCGGUUUGAAACCAAAAACAAAGAAAAUGUCGCAUGGCCGGAUUAUCAAGAUAUCAAUAUAUCCAAAAAAAAMCUCUCCCAUUAGGUUUUGUUUCCUAUUAGUUCUAUGUUUCUGAAAUGUUCUGGAUUUCAUAAAAAAAUUCUGCUUUUUWAAAAUAAAAUUUCUUCGACUUUGAA